CCUGAGCGGAUGCUUCAUAUCCGUCGCGCGAGAUUAUGAUGCGAAGUCACGUGAGGGUCUCUAGUCUUUGGGUCGCGACUUUUGAUUGGCACAGAGGCAGCCGGUUGAGCAGCAAAUGCAGUUAGGAUGGACCCUGGCGUGCCUCAAGCUCAGGGACGCUUGUACUCGGCGCGCUGAAAAGUUAUUGCCGAUAAAGCACUGCGUCCCGUUAUUGCUACCUACUUGACCGAGAGCAUUCGCCUCGCCACAUUCGUUUGUAUUCCCCUAGAUACCCUGCUGCUUUGGCACUGCUUUUUGGAUUGCCCUUGUCGCCUUUCUUUCUCAGUGCGACACAGUAAUACGUUUCUGCAUUGCAUGCGCCUGCUGCUCAUCCAAAACACCACGAAUCGCAGCCCUUCCGUACCUGAAUCCACCGAUCGCCGAGGCAUCCCCUCACCCCAGCCACAGCAGCCAUGGACGUCGUCCUCGAAUUGGCAGACACGUUCUUGUUCGACCCUCUAUACGCCACUCUCCUUCCCGCCUCUACAUCGUCCUUUGCCGGCAAUGCGACCGUCUCAAGCAUCAGAGAGGAGCCCACCGCUUUCGCCGUGCCACAUGCGACUUGGCAGUACGAGCCCUCGACGCAGUUCUUCUCCGUGGAGCCCUCCAAAUAUGCCUACAUGAGCCAAUGGACGCGUGACGAUUGGCGACGACAGGCUCUCUCAUUGUACCUUAUCACAUGGCUCUUUGGCGUACUCGUCUACUACGUUUUCGCAGGCGCCUCGUACUACUUCGUCUUUGACAAGGCCACCUUCAACCACCCACGAUACCUCAAAAACCAGAUCAAGCAAGAGAUGAAACAGGCCAACAUCGCCUUCCCCAUCAUGGCCAUCUUCACCGUGCCCUGGUUCCUGCUCGAGGUCCGCGGAUACUCUAAGCUGUACGAUACCGUAGACCAGGGCCCGGGACUCUGGUACAACUACCUGCAGUUCCCGCUCUUCUUCCUCUUCACCGACUCGGCCAUCUACUGGAUCCACCGUGGUCUGCACCACCCCCGCGUCUACAAGUACGUCCACAAGCCACACCACAAGUGGAUUAUGCCGACUCCCUUCGCCUCGCACGCGUUCCACCCCGCCGACGGCUACGCUCAGGGUCUGCCCUACCACAUCUUCCCCUUCGUAUUUCCCCUGUCCAAGUUCGCAUACGUCUUCCUCUUCGUCUUCGUCAACAUCUGGACUGUCCUGAUCCACGACGGCGAGUACGCGCACAACUCUCCUAUCAUCAACGGUGCCGCCUGCCACACCAUGCACCAUCUAUACUUCAACUACAACUACGGACAGUACACUACCCUCUGGGACCGCCUUGGAGGAAGUUACAGGAAGCCCAACGACGAGCUCUUCCAAAAGGAGCUCAAGAUGUGUCAAAGCGAGUGGAAGAAGCAGGCCGAAGCCGUCGACAAAAUGGUACAACAAGUCGAGGGCGAUGAGAAUAACCGCACAUAUGCUUCUGAAACGAAAAAGGUCCGCUAGACGUUCCUUUCGUCUCAAGUACAUUGCAAGUGGGAAAGAUGUUGAAACGCUGUUACGAAAAGUUUUUGGAGCGAAGAGUUAAAUGCCCAUGUGAUCGCGGGCCGGUCUUCGUUGGCUGUUUGGAUUGAAUAUUUCUGUGUGUGUAUAUAUCGUUCUUUGCGCUCGUUGCAUCAAGACUUUGAGUAUACCGGUUUUGCUUUGAGGAGCAGAGCCCUUGUUUGUAAUAUAAUGGAGCAUAGGGAGUUUGAAGAAUCGCUUCCUGGAAUAUUAAUAGUAAUGUGGCUG